CGCGGGCGCGCGCGCGCGGGGCGGAGCGUCGCGGAAGAUGAAGAAACUCUUCGCGCGCCUCCGCGCGGGACGGAGCGUCGUCGUCGUCGCCGCCGCGCUCGUCGCGGCGACGGCGGCUCUCCUCGCGCUCGCGCUCUCGCCGGGUAAGAUCCUACCCGAGGUGCUCGCGCCCCUCGGUCUCGUCGGCAGCGCGCAGUACAGGCAGAUGCGCAAGGUGACGCGGUCCAACUACUCGCACUUCCUGCGCGAUCUCGUCUUCAGGUGCGUCGCGAGGGACUGGCCGCGACGACGCGCGGUGCGCCUGGAGCGAUGGAUGCUGGACCGCGAACCCGCGUUCUUCGAGCGCCUCGAGAGGAGGCUCGGGAUGGCGUUCGAGGUGGUGCCAGACCGGGUUAGCGGCCUCUGUUCGAGUGGGACGCGGUGUUGCACGUGUGCGGGCCGUUCUUUGAGAAAAAUUGCACGAGCGGCGACCCCGCCGUCGCGAAUCUCAUGGGCGACGCGUUCCGCGACGGCGACGAAACGCAUCGUGAAGACGGAGCGUCGCGGAAACAGAAGAAGAAACCGAAACGCAUGGUGUGGCUGAGCCGCGGGAAGGACGACGCGCGGCGCGCGAUCGUGAACGAGGAGAAAGUAUACGACGAGCUGAGCGAAAAGGCGUGUUGCGACGGCUCGACGGGAGUCGGACCGUUGGAGUUUCUUCGCGUCGGCGUCGACGCCGGGAAACUGGGGAGAGAUCCGAUCAGCGAGCAAGCCGCGAUGUUCGCGGACGUGGACGUCCUCGUGUCGCUGCACGGCGCGGGACUCACGAACAUGCUGUUCAUGCCGCGCGGGGGGCUCGUCGUGGAGAUCAUGCCGGGGACGUACGAGAAGCCGACGUACCGCGGGCUCGCGGGGCUGUUAGGGCUCCGGUACGAGCGCGUGUACACGGAGGAUAUAAAGCCGGGGAUUUUAACGCGCGUGAAGUAUGCGUUUAAUUCACCCGAGGACAGAGAGCGGAAGUUUAGAAGGGACGCGCUGAUCACGAUGCAGCCGAAAGAGGCGGCGGUGAUUGAAAACAUUUUAGCCAAGGAGACGUCAUGAGAACGUCUGAUUG